UUUUUUCUGGCACUUGUGUUUUGACGUAUCUUUUGACUUUUCUGUGACUAAACACUCAAUCAUUGAUUUUAAAAGCUCCAAAUUUGGCUGCUUAAAAUCGAGAAUCACUUUGCCUUUCUUUACUUAAAAGUCUAUCAUCGGUCUGGCCAAUUUUUUUUUACAUUUGCGUGCGUUAUCACUCGUCCUGAUAAACUUUUUAAGUUCACUUUGUUAGACUUUGAUGUUUAUUUUUAAGUUCUUCGAUUGCAUUUUUAAUCUCUUAUUGACUUUUAAUCUUUCGCUGGUGCAGUUACUUACUGAGUGCAUAUCUGAAAAAGUGUUUAGAUUUGUCAACUUUUCAUCCUUACUCUUCAGCAAACUUCAAUUUGGAAAUCUGAUUCUGGAUUCGAUUUUGAGGUUAUCUGGUCCCAUCAGAUUAAUUACAAGAAAGUAUCGUAGUUUUUAAUCUUGCAUAUGUACUUGCGGCUAUUAAAAACAAUUACUUUGGAUUUACCCAGUUCCGAUUAAGAGACUGCUUUGUCCCGAGGUUUACUGACAGGCGGUGACCGUAGACUCAAAAUGAAGUACCAGAAUACUUACGGUUGAAGAAUGCAGGAUGAUUUCUGAAGCGUCAUGUUCAACAUCAAUUCCAUCAACAGCUCCAGGUUCAAUGGUGUGUUAUCAUACUCUACCAAGAAAACUACGAGCAGAAAAGAUAGGAAAGGCUGCAAAAAGGAAAAAAUCGAUUCAAUCCUGAAGGAUAAAAUGGUUUCAGCAUGUCGACCGCCAAUCCAGGUCAGCGACAAGAAGCAAGUAAAACACAUCUACCCGCGCCUCAACCACGGUCUGAAAACCAACCGCAAACCAGACCCCGAGCCACUGGACCCCUACUCAUUCACUGAAGAUGCACAGCAGACAAAACGCUACGCCAAGUUCCACGAUGAAGUUAACGGACAGUCGAGCAGCCUCGGUCAUAUCAUCAGCCGACAACUCAAAAGUGGGUCAACUUACCGAACCAGUGACGAUAGUAGUUUCACUCGGCGGUUGAACGAGUGUGUAAAACCGCAGCCGAUAUUGAAGGCGGUCAAACCAGAUUCCUCGGCGAAUAGAUCUAAUUUAGCUUUUAAUUUCCCACAGAAGUGCAAAGUUCCAGAAGACUGUAAGUAUGGUUCACAGACCAAUGUUCCUACUGCUGAGAACAUUCUGCCAGAUUUCGGGAAAAGCAUCGGCAAGGUCGCUCUUCGACCCAAGAGGAAGCUGAGUAGCUGGAGGAAGGAUAAUGGUACGAAGCACGAGGCUCUCCAGAGAAUACAGGAUCUCCUGAAACAGGAAUCUCAACUGCAAUCUGACUUAUUUCCAUUAGAAUUCUCCAGUUCAGAAGAUGAAGCAGAUAUCAUCUGUGAUGCUAAGAACCUGGUUGAGCAAUGCUCGCUGCCCUCAUUUCCUUCAGUGGAUCGGGAGACUAGGCUUUCCCAAAUCAAGAACGAAACCUGCAAAAAGCUCCAGCAGACAUUGAUUAAACUGAGUAGUUCGAAUAGUUGCCCGCCGCCUCUUGUUAGUUCUAUAAUUAAUGCCGCCAGGGUCUGUCCCUCGCAAACUGCUUUCCUUCUUAAUCCUCAGUACAACCCCUCCGCUAAAAAAGACAGAUCGAAAAGCUGUUUGACGGUCAAACGAAUUUGUUGCUUGGACUCAUGCUCAAGCAAAGCAAUUCCUGGAGCGCGUUAUUGUAUGCAACACAUUCUAUACAGCGUAGAUCAGCAGCUUUUCUCCCACUGCUCAGGGAAGCUGAAUGACAACACUCAAUGUCACAAUCCUGUAUUCGAUAUCAAAAAUACAUUUCCUUUGUGUCCCGUGCAUGCCAAACACAUCCAAGAUCAACCUCCCAUUAUGCAUAGCAUCCAGGUGAAAAAAUCGAAGAAGAAAUCUAAACCACUGAUGUCGCGGCAUCGGGGGAAGAAGAGGAGGAAAAUUUUCUCAUCGGAUACCAACUCCUCUACCUCAACCUCAGAUAUACCAGAGAGCUUCACCCCCAUGACGCAAGUCCCAAGUGUCAUCAACGCUGCGUCAGCGAUGAUCAUGAGGCACGGGGAGGAAGUAUUCCUCACCGAUGCGUCCGUGCCUGUUCACAGUUCGGACCUCGACAGCAAUGUCAGCUCGCAUUGUGAAAUGGUUCAGUUGGAAGCUGAAGUAACGGAAGAACUUGUAAACUCUCGGAUACUGGACGACCAUGAGGAUCUUACGACGGUUCUGAAUCAGCUGCCAGCAGACGCUUUUAAUGAUCUUUUUUCAGACAAAAAUGGUCAAUACGUUCCCACACGGGAAGAAACAGAGGAACUAGAAAGAGCCCUCGAACAAGUAGACAAAGAUGUGCGAUGUCUGGAGCGGAUGACUCGUAGCAACAUCGGGAUCUACGACAACCUGCACUCACCUGCCAUUCCAGAAGACUUGAACUUACCGCUGUUCACAGGGUACCCCAACGGUUACGCAACCAGCACUGUCGCUCUAACCAAUAGCAAUCCUCAGAAACUGUAACUUAAUCUAACUCUUAUUGUCUUCAUGUAUUUCAUUUUGUGUGUGCUUAGAAAAAGGGUAGUUUUAAGCAUUUGACGGUGCUUACUUUCUGUCGAACUUAUGAAAAUGUUCAUCGUUUUUUUGCUGAAAAUCUCUCUGUUGGAAAUUCAGAGGCUCUCCCUUUCUUGCUUGUAAGAUUCUAUCUUAAGAUGCCUCUCAAGGCAAUAUGGAAGCGUUAUUUCACGGAAAUAGUUUGUUUUAUGUGCACAAGUUGAUAAAUGAAACUUCGAAGCUCCUCAAUUGAAUGACCUGAAUCAAUUUUACGAUUAAUCUAACGAUUGGGGUUGCUCAACAAGUUUUUGUUCCAUGUUCAAUAACCAACCCUCUGUUGUUAGUGUCUUCUUAAGUCUCAAUUACUUGUGAAUCAAAUUUUCAAGCGGUUAUGCUCCUUCAUCAACUCAACAAAUAAGGCAAAUUUGCCAAGAAUAUUUGAAAACGAUUUUUUGAGAGUUUGCCUUUUUUCAUAAGAUUUUUCAAUCAGUUCGUGAAACUCAAUUUACCAAUCUCUAAAAUACCACAGCACCCAAAAAAAUCACUAGAAAUCGAAAUAAGUGUAUGAAAUGAGUACCUUAAUGAAGUUUCAAGUCUUUCGAGUUGUUUGAAUGAGUCGUUUUAGCUUUUGAAAAUGUUCUUUGUGACUGUAUCGUCCUCAAGCUAAGUGAAAAAUUCAGAAAUGGAUGUCCCUACCCAGAGCUGCUGUUUACGAAGAUAAUUGUAAAUCAUUUCGUUUUUUCCAUUCAUUUUAACUUCCAUUUAAAUAUAAUUUCAACCACCGUUUAAAACUGAAAAUCUGUAGGCAUAGUUUAGACAAUAAUCUGUGUGUGAAGCUUUACUACAGAAGAGAGUAACAGAACAGAAGGUCUCUUUUUUCAACUAAGUAUUACAUCGCCAAAAAUUAGGGAUUCUCUGUUAAGGUCAAGAAAUUUUAGGAAAAGAUGCGAGUUUUUCUCCGCCCUAAAUUUUUCCUUUUCCUUUGAGUUUCUUUGAUCGUUGAAACAAAAAUUUUGAACAUUUAGUUUUCUGAAAUCUCUGCUCUCGUUGUCAAGGCAUUGAGACAAAAUGUUUAAACUCAAGUAGUUGACAAGCAGACUGACUUUUAAAAUUCUUUGCUCGGUAAAUGAACACAAGAUGAGACUAUGAUGAAAUGGAUUUAUGUAAUCGGUCAGUUGCAUUGCUGACGUCUCAUUGUUGGUUUUUUAUAGGGCUGAAUAGUCAACUGGUUCUCAGUCUGAGGAGGUGCCUCUAGCAUAUCGAUUAGCUGACCCAAUAAAAAGCCAAAAAUGUGGCGGAUAAAAUGUUACCAACAAAUCUUAUCCAUUGUUGUUUUAUUGGGUAGCCAGUGCUAUGCAUUAAAAUGAAGUUUUUAACUCACAUUAAAAUAAAUGCAUUUAUUUAAGGUUGUCAAAGCUUUUUGGCCUUGGCCAUCGUCAGGACUUUACAGAGAAAAACGAUUUAAUACUGUACGUAACUUACUCUGAGUAAUAUUAGUAUAAACGUAGUUUAUUAAUUUUUGUCAUUUUAAUUCUUAGCGCUGGCUACCCAAUAAAGCAAUAAUUUACAUCAAGUGCUACUACCAUAAUGUUGAACCAACACUUUCAAUGAUCACAUUCCUCUGUUCCAUCCGUGUCUUAUCUUGUCCAAUCGAUAAACACAAAAUUACAACAUUUGGCCUUCAAAGUCGACUCCUACAUGCUGUUCGAGCCUAUCCCUCCCACUCAGACCAUGGAUUUGAAAGAUCAAUUUUCCAUAUUUCUAGGUGUGCAUUUUUUAUUUCUUUUCAUUUUGAUUUAUCUUUACUCAAUCCUGGUGCACAAUCGUCCAAACCCCUAGGUUUUAUAGCUCUUAAGAAUUAGGUAUGAACGUUUUCUCAGAGACCCAAACAGCACCUCUUGAUGUUUUCUGAAUUUAUAUUUAUGCAGCUCUUUCUACCUUGUGACAAAUUCUUAAAAAGCUGAAACUUCAGAGCAUUAUCAAAAGGAUGACAGUGUGAAAUAUUACUUGUACAAUAACAAAGGCUAAUCACCUAAUUUGGAAAUGAAACAAAAAGUAGCUCAUAUUUAUAAGAAAAACAGCAGAAAAAAAAUUCAAGCAUUUUUUCAUCCAAUUAUAUUUGAUCAUCUGCAUGAUGUAUCAAGAACUUAGGCAGUGGGUAUUUUCAAGAAAGUUUCGAAAAAAUAUGUGGUUUUCUUGUUAUAAAAUAAGUGGAGGGAAUGAAUUAGCAACUUCUUGAAUGUGAGCAAGUGUGUUUAGACCAAAGUCAUUGCUAUAAAACGCUAGUUUGAUUUGUAAAAUUUAAGUUUGUAUCUGCAUCUGAGCGGUUACUUAAAAUUGAACUUUAGGUUAAUUUCUUAAUUUCAAAAUUUUUAUGUGAUAGAUGUAGAUGGGUCUUUUUUUAUUGUCCACCCGCUUAUUUAAAACAAUCAGAAAAACUGACAGAUUGCAGGAAGU